GCCACAAGCUUUGCUCGGACCCCAGCAUCAAUCACGUUGGCUUGAUCGCGACAAAACGACUUGCCAUCUUCCUAUUUAUCAAACGGCGCAAACGCUGAAGAAGCCGGAGGUCAGUCGCUUGCGCAUAGUCAACAAAAUCCACGCCAGGAGCAUGGAAACUCGACAAGCCAUCACUCUUCCCUUCAACAUCCCUUCAACGUCCCCUCAACUUAAUCAGGCAAAAUGGGAAAUCCGGGCAAAAGAAGCUCCGGAGAUACCGACAUACAAAGUCGAUCAUGGCCGACAGCUACCCCGCUAAAGCAAUGGACGGUGCGACAUGUCCUCGGCGCGCUCGGCUUCAUAUCAGCCCUUGCAUGGGGCUCGGUUCGGUGGCUCGGAGACAAUCCGAUUAGCUUUGAUCACUACCGUUCCAAAUUGAUCGACUGGGAUCUCCGGCAAGAAGAGGUGAAGAGCGCUUUUGUCACGAGCUGGGACGCCUACUCCCAGCACGCAUGGGGCAACGAUAGGUACCAUCCCUUGUCGCAAAAAGGCUCGCAGAUGAGCCCGAAUGGCCUCGGAUGGAUCAUAGUCGACAGCCUCGACACCAUGAUGGUGAUGAACCUGACGACACGCCUCGCAGACGCCCGAAAAUGGCUCCAAAGAAGCCUGUCCUACGACCAAGACCAGGAUGUCAACACCUUCGAGACGACCAUCCGAAUGCUGGGAGGUCUCCUGUCCGCCCAUUACCUCGCAAGCCGACUUCCCGACGUUUCGUCUCGCAGAGACCCUAUAUACCUGGCCAAGGCGGUCGACUUGGCGGAUCGGCUGCUGUCAGCCUACGAUUCGCGGUCUGGGAUCCCAUAUGCCAGCGUGCAUAUCGGGAACAAGGUCGGGAUUCCGUCGCACUCGGACGGCGGUUCGUCUUCCAUGGCGGAAGCAGCCACCGUGCAGCUCGAGAUGAAAUACCUCUCCUACUUGACUAGCAACGAGACAUACUGGCGCAAGGCUGAGAAGGUGAUGAAAGUCCUCGACGACAAUGCCAUGGAAGGGGGCCUCUUGCCCAUCUUUGUGCAUCCUGAGUCGGGCAGGUUCACCACGUCGGAGAUCCGUCUGGGCAGCCGCGGAGAUUCAUACUAUGAGUAUUUAAUCAAGCAAUACCUCCAGACCUCUGGCCAAGAGCCCAUCUACCUCGACAUGUGGGAGGAAGCCCUCGCUGGGAUCCAGAAGCACCUAAUCACAACAACAAGGAAAUCCGGCAUUAAGAUCGUCGCCGAGCUGCCGCAGGGAAUUGGCGGGGCACUGUCGCCGAAGAUGGACCACCUGGUCUGUUUCUUGCCGGGGUCCAUAGCCCUCGGUGCAACAGGGGGUUAUACAGUGGCCGAGGCGCGCAAGAUGCCUGGAUGGAAUGCCGCAAAGGAACAGCAGAUGCAACUGGCAAAGGACAUCAUGAAGACCUGCUGGGGCAUGUAUGCGGUAACCGAGACGGGCCUUGCGCCAGAGAUUGCCUGGUUCCACGCAGACAACGAGGACCUUCAGCCGAGGCCCGGAGAGCGGCGGCUCCGUCCUACCAAGGACUCGCUGGCCGCGUGGAAGCAGGACUACAUCGUCAAGCCCCUCGACGCGCACAACCUACAGCGCCCGGAGACGGUGGAGAGCCUUCUGAUGAUGUGGCGGAUUACCGAGGACCCGGUGUAUCGAGAAUGGGGGUGGAAGAUAUUCAGGGCCUUUGAGGAUUACACCAACGCCGGCGGUGGCAAGGGCUAUACGUCCCUCAACAACGUGAAUGCCAUCCCGCCGUCUAUGAGGGAUAACAUGGAGAGUUUUUGGCUGGCCGAAACACUCAAAUACCUGUAUCUCCUCUUCUCGCCGACGGAUUUCCUCCCACUCCACGAAAUCGUGUUCAACACCGAGGCGCACAUCUUCCCCCGGUUCAAGCAGCACAAGUGGAAGACCGGGUGGCAGCGGAACAGAUAAUGGAGAAAAAGGGGGGACUGGUGGGGGACAGCCCACCGAUGUAUACAAACAAAAUCCUGACUUUGGAUAUUCCCACCUGCUGGCUUCUGCCACUCGGGCUACAGCUCCGGAGGAAGAGAGCUGGCCAAUUGUCAGAAGAAAUGAUCGGAUUCUGUUCUUGUUGUCUGUCUGAACGAUCAUUAAGCCAAAAGUACGAAAUCCAAAAGAAUUGUAAGCUCCUAG